GUUGGACGGAGGUGAUUGGUAAGUUGUGUGUGGGGCUGGCCACGCCCCUCAGAAACCUUAGAGGGCACGCAGUCACAGCGCCUUGGCACAACCAGCACGUCAGCCGCGCAGAGCAGUUGUAGACACUUGCAGACUGCCACAGGGGACCCGAACACAGAGAAAUGCGGUUAUUGAUAGCAUUAGGCUUGACGCUGCUUGUCGGCGCAACAUGGGCCCAACAUUCUUCAUUUUUCAACAUCGAGAGUGCCACAGACUUACUUGCACUGCCUAGCGAUCAACUCAUUCACAGCGCCAUAGAGCAUGAGGCAGUGGAGACCAUUGUCGACACAUCAAAUAUCUUUCAAAAUGCGAAUGAUCCUUUGGCAACUACAUUUGAUCUGCCUUUUGGCGCAAGACUGCCUGGGUAUGAAAGAAUUCAGUAUGCAUACGGUUAUCAAAUACCUGAGAAAAGCGGAGCACAGACAGCUCAGAGUGUAAGCUUUCCAGCAAACGUUUUAGAGACUCAUACUCCAGCAGAAACCAGAGCAGUAGUUAUUCCGCCGUCAUCUCUGCCUGAGGAUUCAACAACACUCAAGUCAACACCGUCCACAACAGAGGUGGUGGUGAUAGCGCAAGCACCAAAUCAUUCAUCACCAAACACAUCCAUUGUUAAGGAUCAAACUAUUUCAUGGCUGAAUUCAACUUAUUUUCCGCAGUUUCCCAAUCUGAAUCUCUCUCCCCCAGAAAAUGAACACGAAUCUACAGCAAAAAUAACGGAGCAAUCCCCAGAGUCUUAUCAUCUGCCAGAAACUAGAAUCAAAACAGAAACCACUUUGUCAUUUUUACAGACGGGCUAUUUGCCUCCCGAGCAAGACUUCUUGACAAAGCCACCUCAGACUCCUCCACUUCCACCAGCAGAUUCUUAUCUUCCUCCAAAUCUCGGUACUGUACCAACCGCGAGUGAAUCAAAAUCUGAAGAUUCAACUCUAAAAUUUGGUCAUCUACUAGAUACCACGGAGCACAAGUCAGAUUCUGUCCUACUGGAAACUUCAUAUUUGCCUCCCAGACCUGACCCUGUGUCAAAAGGUGAAAAACACGAGUUGGAUGUUCCUUCGCUCGAGAGCUCAUACUUACCUCCUAACCCCGAUCCCAUUUUAGAGUUUGAGGUUAAAUCUGAACCUCCUUUGCCUGAUAUUUCAUAUUUGCCACCCAAUACUGAUCCGGCUGCCACGAUUACAGAUUCGGUCACUCGAACUCCCCAAGCAACAAUUUUAAAUAAUGACAAGCCUUUAAUUCUUAUUCCAAUUUCAUCGCCUCCCAUGAAGCCUGCUGAGGCAUCUGAAAUGCAGAGAAAUGAAGGGCUUACUGUCCUUCCCCUUGGCAUAGUUGGUGAAGGCAAAGAUCCUCUAGUAAAAGUUGUUGCAGAAAAAAUGAAUGCUGCUCCUGCUGGAGUGAUUGUAGAAUAUAGAAAUCAGCCAAUCACAUUUUCCUCAGACACAAAAAUCCCUACCCCAACUGGAGUGGUUGGAGAAAUAGAAGAAGGUCCGAUCAAAUUUUCAGCAGAAAGAAAGAAUUCACCUCCUACCGGGGUUAUUUUAGAGCAAGAAGACAGUCCAGUAACAAUUUCCAGAGAAAUAAAACACGCUCCACCAGUUGGAGUGAUUGAGAAGUAUGAAAACCUUCCUAUAAAAUUUUCAAGUGAAACUGAAUCCCCUGUUCCUUAUGCUGUUACUGGGGAAGUAAAACCAGAGAAAAUCAAGCCUGUGCGCAAACAUGUCGAUAUUCCUCCAUAUGCAGUUGUUCCAGAAACCAGGGAUGCAGUCAUCAGAGCUCAGGCAAAACCGCCACCAGCACGCCCAGUUGGUGUCAUCAGUGAGAUUACAGAAAAUGCCCUCGAGGCUCAGGCUUAUCCGCAACCAGUAGUUGUCGCUGCAAUUCCUAAAGACAACGCAGCUUGUACUCAAAAUCAUGAAUGCAGUGAAGAGGAAAUAUGCAUGGAUGGCAUGUGCGUUAAUGCAUGUAUUAUUGCCGUAGGGCUGUGCGUAGGCAACGCUGUUUGCCGCGCGCGGCGACACAUUCCAGGCUGCGUGUGUCCUGACAUGUUCACUGCUGUCACUAUCAGAGGCCAUGAGCAGGAUCAAUAUGACUGUAUGCCUAUGAUGAUGAUGAUGAUGAUGACAGAUGGCAGCAGCAGCAGCAGAAGAAACAGAAUCACCCAGGGAUGGGCCAGAUCUGCCCAAAGGUACCUACGGCCAGUAGCGAGCCAGAACGUCAACUCCUUCUCCCUGCCUCCCAUUGGGAUCCUGACCGAAAGGGGCGUGACUCAGGGCCGCAUCACAACGGGCGGCUUACGACAAUCUUCGUUCAGUGGCGACCCUUGCAGUCCGUCUCCUUGUGGUCCCAACACGCGGUGCGAGGUCAGUAGACGAAACAACAUCGCUCUCUGCCGAUGUCUCAGUGACUUCGUUCCAGAUGGAAAUACAAUCAAUGGAUGCAAACCCCAAUGCACUGUAGAUGACGACUGCCCUGACGAUUAUCGAUGCCGAGCAACGAAGUGUGUGCGCGUUUGUGUCCAGGGCGCUUGUGGUACCAAUGCUGAGUGCGAUGCCCGCAACCAUAGGCCAGUCUGUGAAUGCCCCACCAAUUAUCGAGGCGACCCUCACAUUAGCUGCACAAGGGCAAAGCAAGAAGUCAGAGUUGCGCCUCCUGCAAUUCCGAUAGACCCUUGUAACCCAAACCCCUGUGGCCUCAAUGCUGACUGUCGUACACGCGGUGACCGACCUGUGUGCACCUGCCCUCUUGGAUACGAAGGCGACCCCCUCACAAACUGCCGUCAAGGAGAGUGUAUAGAGAGCAGGGACUGCCCUGGGCAUCGCGUCUGCCGAAAACUCCGCUGCAUUGACCCCUGCCUGGACGGCAUCUGUGGCUCUGGAGCUGAAUGCACUGUCAAGAACCACCAGCCCAUCUGCUCUUGCCCCAGAGGAUUCACCGGCGAUCCCUUCAAUAACUGCAGGAGAUUUGACAUUAGUGAACUGUGCAACCCCAGCCCCUGUGGACGCAACACCAAUUGUAAGGUGCGCAACGAACGUGCUGUCUGCUCUUGUAUCGACAAUUACAUCGGCAACCCCCUCGAAGACUGCCGUCCGGAGUGUGUAUCCGAUUCAGAAUGCCCACAUAACUUGGCCUGCAGGAAUAACAUCUGCGUGAAUCCUUGCCGUGAUGCAUGUGGGGAAGGAGCCUACUGUGACGUCAGAAAUGGCCGCGCCAUCUGCUCCUGCCCAGAGUAUUUCCAGGGUGACCCCUACAGCAGAUGUUACGCUGAAUGUACUGCUCACGACGACUGCCCAAGUUACCAGGCUUGCUUCCAGCUGCGAUGUGUUGACCCAUGCGAAGGUGCCUGUGGCACUGGUGCCAACUGUAAGGUUGAUAACCACAAGCCCAUCUGCUCUUGCCCCAAGGGGCACACUGGACAUCCCUUCGAAUCUUGCCGACCCUUCACGCGUGAGGACCUUUGCAACCCCAACCCAUGCGGUACACAAGCUGACUGUACCCCUGGCUUCGACAGCUCUGGAAAUGACCGCCCAGUUUGCACCUGCCCCGUAGGAUACAUCGGCAACCCGCUCAUCGCCUGCGAGAGAGGAGAGUGCCAGGAUCACAAUCAGUGCCGAGACCAGGAGGCUUGCUACGCCUACACCUGCCAGAACCCUUGCUACACCGACGUAGGCUCCGUGUGUGGAGAAAAUGCUAAUUGCAACGUGAAGAAUCAUCAGCCCGUGUGCUCCUGCCCUCAAGGAUAUGAUGGAAACCCACUCACCGAGUGUCGCCCCGGUAGAGGAGGAGGUGGUUUCGUUGCUGGCAGAAUUAGGAAGUAGACCAACUGAUCAAGCGAACGAAUUCAAAAGAAAAAAAUCAAUAAGUAACGACAGCAUAUACAUGAGGAAUUAAAAAUAUACAUACAUCCAUACAUAUAAUAUACUAUAUAUAUAUAUAUAUAUAUAUAUAUAUAUAUAUAUAUAUAUAUAUAUAUAUA